AUGGCGUCUCUUACAAACGAUAUGCUUGUGUUGGGUUGCUUCAAUGUCCGUUUCACAAGACUGCUAGCGUUCGCUCGCUUUCUCGGCCUUUACGAGUAUCCUGCAUGGGACUACAACGUCUAUGCUGAGCCAGACAUGGAGGUCGCCAACUGCGAGCCGGAGACCACCCCUUUUCAGCACGGCAACCCCGAUAUCAUCACUCCUGAGGAAUAUGCCUCCUGGUUCGCUAACUAA